AUGCAAAAAUCAAAAAAAUCCUCAAGUGAUUUAUCAUCAAUUUCUUCACUACUCUCUUCAAAUGAACAGAAAAUUCCAAUUAGUGUUCAGAAAAGUCCAUCAAAAACGUCUACUACAUCUGACUAUGAAUAUAAGGGUCGAUUAGUAACAUAUGAACGACCAGUUCGUCAAAAAUCAAAAUUAAGCUCAUCAAAUUCAAAUAGCUCAUUUGUUUUUCCAUCGCGUAUUAAUAAACAUUCUCGAUUAAUGCAUUCCAAGACUUCAGACACUUUUGAUGAUGAAGAAACUGAAGAUACCACCGAUCUCACUCGACCAGUAGGAAGAGUUCAAAUAAGUGAUCGACAUGUUCGCGAAAUUUAUCGAGUACCAACUCCACCACCUGAAUUUAAACAAGUUUUCUAUCGUGCUCGUUCACCUGAACCAAAAAUAAUCGAACGAAUAUAUGUUAAACGUCCAGCACCUACAAUUAUUGAAAAAGUUAUUCAAGUUCCACCAGAAACAGUUCAGAUAAUUAAUAAAGAAAAACAAUUACCUCAAUUAAAACCAACUUUUCGUACAAGAUAUGUUUAUUUAAAACCUGAGGAUGAAUAUCAAGUUGAAGAACGAGUAGAAGUAAAACAAGAACCACAACAAGAAGUAACGGUUACAACCACUGAACAACAAGUUCCAGCUACAUAUGUUUAUUCACAAACAACUGGUUGUUGUCCAUCAUUUAUCGCCAUUAACUCACAGCCAUGUUUGAACCCUCAACCAGGUUGUUAUGCAUAUAGACAACCGUAUACAUUCUUUCGUGGAUAUUCUCAAUUCUAA